AUGAGCAUCGAGAGAUUCACCCAAGUCACCCUCGUAUUAGCGAUUGUCACCCUGAUUGUGGGGCUUUCUGCCUGUGAUCAAAUUCAACAAGUUCUGCUUCCUCCACAACCUGAGAUGCCAUCUGAGAUGGAGGCUCCCGUAAUUCCCAUCGGCGUCGUUGUAGAUCUAACAGGGGCGAACUCUACCGGGUAUGGUAUACCGAUGAAAAAGGGCUUUGAGCUCGCUCGUGACCAUAUUAACAGCUCAGGGCUGCUUGGCGAUGCAAAACUUAAGCUCAUCGUUAAGGAUGAUCAGAGCUCCCGUGAGACUACCGUUGAUGUUGUCGAUCAAUUGAUUAAUCAAUAUGGUCUGUCUGUCAUUACCGGAUUCGCUGUCUCUAGUCAACUCGAAAUGGUAACUCAAACUGCCCAAGACAACGAGGUUGUCCUUUUUAGCUCAGUGUCAUCUGCCCCGGUGCUGGCGGGGCGUGGCAAUUUUACCUUCCGCGCGGGACUCAACUCAGCUGUGCUUAACCCGCCUCUCGUCGUGGCGACUCACGAGAAAUUCGGCUACCAGACGGCAGCUACGAUAUAUCUCCAUGGCGAUACCUACUCCAGACUUAGUGACGAAGCGUUCAGAGCUGCGCUUGUCGAGAACGGUGUCCAAGUUGUGACUACAGAGGCCUAUCCGGCCGGCGAUUAUGAGGCGGCAAUAACUCGAAUAGUGGAGUUAAAUCCUGAUGCCCUCUUUAUCUCCGCGUUAACAUCGGACAUAUCUGAGAUUAUGAAGAAAGCGCGCGAGCUAAUGCCUUCUGUACACCUUAUUGUUCCCGAGCUGACCGAUAUUGAGGUGGCGGCAAGUGCGGGUGAUGCCUCUGAGGGGACGGUUACUUCUAUCGGUUGGUUCAGCGAAACUGACACGCCGGGGAGUGCAGCCUUCAUCCAGAGUUAUACCGAGGCAAACAACGGGGGAGAAGCCGGUUGCUUGGUCGGCACAAUCGUAUGCCACACUCCAGAUUCUUGCCGUGGCAAUUGCGGAGGCGUAUGCAGAGACGCACUCCAUCGAUGCAACCGCAAUUCGGGACGCGCUGGCAGAUACCAUGGAUUUCCCCACUGUUUUAGGGAAUUUCUCUUUUAA